GUACAUAUAUACAUAUACAUAUAUAUGAAAGCAACAGGGAGAAAGCUUUACAAAAUUCAAAAACGAAAGAAAAGGAAGCGAGAGCAGCAGAGUGAUGUAGCGGCAGCGUACGAACGCACACGCGCCAUCCAGUUGAAUAUAGCUUUGUGCGAUGGGUCGAUAACGCGCAACUCUCUCGCUCAUCGCAGUCAGCGAUGCCACGCUGUGGCCCCCCUAAGCCGAGCUUUCCUCCUCAUUCCGCCGUAAGCCCGCACUCUGGCACAUCCACCAGCCACCAGGAACCGCAGCCACCUGCAUCAUUAUCAUCAUCAUCAUUAUCAUCAUUACCACCACCACCACUCACAAUCAUCAGUUUUAUCAUCACUAUCAAGUUUUCUUCAGCAUCAAAAAAAUCAGGAAACAACCACGAUUUUAGUAAAAAAAAAAGCUCCAAACCUGCAAUAUGAAUCAGUGCUCAAAGAAACAGUGUUGCAUUAUCGGCCCAAACAGGAACUGAAAGUAUGCGCGGCCCUCGCGUGACGGGAAGUCAUCCUGUCGCGUGCCGCGACCCAAGGCGGAAGUGCGACUAACAGGUUGUUGAUUCCUCACAAAAACCGGAAGUCAAAAUACUUCCAUUAUCUCAACAAAAAAUAUUCAGUGCUUUGAUAACAAUAACAAGUGUUGAUAACCAUCAAUUUUACAAUCCAAAUGUGUCACAAUAAUCAAUUAAGAAACAUUUUUCAAAAACCCUCCCAAACUCAACAUUCGAAGAUCAUCCGAAAAAUUGAUGAUGAUUAUAAAAAAAUGAUUCUAUUCUCGGUGGAUUCGAUGAUGGAUCGAUGAUGGAUCGAUGAUGGAUCGAUGAUGGAUCGAUGAUGAAUCGAUGAUGGAUCGAUGAUGAAGAAAAAGAAAUCAAGAAGCGGCAAAAAUCGGUUAACUAUCGCGUAGUGGUGCUAAAAAAACGAAUUAAAUGUCGACGUUUAAAAUGCGUCGGACGUCUCGCGACGGUAAAUUGUCAAAUUGUGUGUGUGUGUUUUAUUUUCUUUUAGCAAAAAUUAAUAAAAAGUUUUGAGGUGAAUUAUAUUAUUACCCCAAAUUUUUGAAAAAAAAAGAGGAACAGAAUAAAAAAAAAUAGUGGUGUGAAAAAAGAAGAAUUUUACUACAAAAAAAGUGUCUCAAGAGUCUCGACAUAUCCAUGUUUACGUAUAUUAUAUAUAUAUAUAUAUAGGGUGAAGUGUUCACUGACGCGAGUGUGAAUUUGUUGUUGAUGUUGUAUUAUAUAUAGUUGGCGUGUUCUUUCGCGCAGUGUCGUUGUGCUAUACCACUGGAAAACAUUAGUGUCCCACAGGAAAAUGAAGAGAUCCUCUUCCUUCUUCAUCUCAAGAGCGACAGCGGGCUAGUGGUCGCGGAUCCAAGUCGAGUGAACAGCAUGACAGCCAUUAACUCGGUAUGCAGUGAUCUUCGGUGUUUCAUUAUUGCGAUAGAAAAUGCUGUCGGGUCCGGUUGGGGAAGUGGGCGGCGUGAGGCUGCCAUUACAAUCAUUGCAUGGAUAUGGUUCAGUUUUCAUGUAUUCAGCCUCAACCAGCCCCGGUGGUGGAAAUGGCCAGGGGAGCGGAGGCGGAGGUGAAGUCACCCUCCGCCUCCGCGAACCUGAGGACAUUCCAGAAGAGGUCCUCGCUCGUCUCGAGGAUACAGCAACCCUAUCCAUCUCCCUUCAAGGCGAUGCUGUCCUUAGGUUAGGGGCGGCUAGUGCAGGAAACGGAAAUUUAGAAUUAUUCGAUAGUGAAAGUGGACCGGAUUUAACACUGUCGCCGCAAACUUUCACAUCAACGGCGGAGGCCUUCAUCAAUGACAAUAGCGACAGUCUUGGCGUGCCAGGUGACAACGAUACUGGGAGUAGUGAAGAGUCGAGAACGGGAGCUGGAGAUCCCGGAAAAUUAGGCGUUAAAAAAUCAAGGCCAAAAGCAUCCUCGCCAAAUCGGCAAGGUCCACAACAGUGCCAAGUAUGCGGCAAAGUGUUCAACAACGCAUCGGCGCUCACGAAGCACAAGCUGACGCACAGUGACGAGCGGAAAUACGUCUGCACGAUGUGUGGUAAAGCGUUCAAGCGGCAGGACCACUUAAACGGACACAUGCUGACGCAUAGAAAUAAAAAACCGUACGAGUGCAAAGCAGAAGGCUGUGGGAAGUCAUAUUGUGACGCAAGAAGUUUGAGAAGGCACACGGAAAAUCAUCAUGCCGGUAGUAAAGUUAAUGAGAGUAUUAGUCCAAGUAGUCCAACAACUGGACCACAUACGCCUAAUACACCGAACAGUAAUCCAAGUACUCCCAGCACACCAGGAGCACCGUCAAGUCAAAAUGGACAUGGACACACUGCACUCAAGCAGCUCCUUUCCUCCGAACCCACGCAAUCACAGCCGCACAAGAGUGCAACAGCUCCUGGUGCCAAUAACGAUGGUCUCACAAAACAACAACUUGAACUUAUUCAACAAAUUAUGCAGCAAACCCAACAGCAGCAACAACAGGCGCAACAGCAACAGCAUUCGCCAACACAACAACACAAUUCAACUUCAUCAAAUGGAAAUGGAACGAAUCAGAAGAUCAAUAAAUCAUCCGUUAAAUCGAGUAAUUCACCUGGAACGAUAUCCUCAUCCGGUAGUGGAAGUCCAAAGCCAAAGGUAUGGAAUCAUCAGCAACAACAGCAGCAAGCACAACAGCAAGUUCAACAACAGCAGCAGGCAAAUUCUCCCGGAAGCGGAAAUGGAGGGAAAGGAAGUCCGUCAUCUGGGAAUUCAUCGUCUCCCGGUACUGUGUCAGCAUCAAACAAGUCCCAGACUGAACCAAAACCGGUUGAAUGCAAUUUGUGCCAUCGGAAAUUCAAAAAUAUACCGGCUCUAAACGGUCACAUGAGACUACAUGGUGGCUACUUCAAAAAGGACUCUGAGAAUAAGAAGAGUGAGAAGAAGGAGGUCGUUGGACCACCGCUUCAAACAGCGUCCGUCAGUGUACGAGCGUUGAUCGAGGAGAAAAUUAUUCAGAAAAGAACCACUGCAUCAGAUGCAAAUGCAGCUCAAACGAGGUCAAAUGCUUCAGCAUUUAAUAAUCCCGAUAAUUCAACGUCACAUGUGGGAAAACCAAAUUUCGCUGUACCUGCACCACCACCACUUGCAAGUGGUGAGAAAACAAGAAGAUUAUCGGAUGGUGAUCAUUUUCGUCAACCCAAUGUCACAAUUACCGGACAUGUUUCGGUACAAAAACAACUUCAAGAAGCACAGACACAAGCUCAAGCACAAGCACUCGCUGAUUUAAUUCUAAAGGGAACGACAAAAAUGGCUGUUAAGAGAGCAACAUCUGAUCCUGGUCAGAGAGUACAGCUUGCUUAUCAAUCGCCAGUUCAAACGACAGCGAAUAAUUCAACAUCAAAUCAAAAUCAAACCCAAAUACAAACUGGAGUUACGGAUAAUUUUGCAAUGACUAGUGGAUAUUCGGAGGAUGGUGGUUAUUUUAGUCCUAGUUUACAAGACGAGGUAUUUCAACAAGUUACAGCCGUUCCAGACAAUGUAUUACUUCACGCAACACAACUGGAUUCAAUUCAGUUUCAAACAAGCGGCCUACUUCAGGAACAGGCGUCGAAUGAACAAUUACAGGACAUUGCGCUCGAAGAUCGAUUCUCGUCUCAACAUACAGUGAAUCCUGAUCUUCAGGCACUGGUCAAUUCACCGCUUCCUGAUUCACUCGCUGAAUUUAGCACCUACGGAGCGCAAUUUACAGAGAGUCCGCACACAUUAGCGACACAAUCGCCUUUACCUUCGCCACUAACACGACACGAUAGUCCAAGUUUCACUUAUCCUACUCCACCGGCUAGUCAAGAGGGUCUUCUAUCAGGAACACUACCUCUCUUGAGUCCACAAGAAGAUCCCGAAGCCGUUCGUCCUGUUUCGUCACCUCUGUCUGCUGCAUUCUACACCACAACAAUGUCUUCCGCCGAAGCAGUUGAGGAAGCUCUCAGCGAAGUUCUUCCCGGUGAAUCGGAAGCUGAUGCCAAUCUUUAUGGUUCCGGUUCACCAAAUCCCCAUUCUCCACUACCAAGUCCUCCACCCUCCUCAGUCUCAUCUCCAGGACCAGGAAACUUUAAUUCCAAUUUUCCCGUCUCGCCCCAUCACCUACAAAAUCAAAUGAUGCCCAACUCUGAAGAUCCCCUACUGUCAUCAAGUCCAAAAGAUUUCACCGGCCGGCGGAAAGUUGAAUUUCAAUCCUACAAACUCAUCACAAGUCAAAAUCUCAUGGACUUUGGUCUUGGUAAUGGAAGUCUCGCUGGUAUUGUCGUUGACAAUAAUGGUGAAUUCAAACUCAUUCAAACUGCCGGUCUUCAAAAGGCGAACGUCUUCGUUCAAGCUGGUGCACUAAGUCCGGCUUUAACAUUCAGACAAGAAAUCCGACCCGUAAAUCCAAAAAUUGAAGGCAAUUUAAUUGGUAGUCCAGGAUUGAAUAAUCAAUUUCAAGGACAAGUGCAUCAGCAAGCAAUAAAUCCAGCCAAAUUUUUAAUUCAUUCAAAUCAAAAGAAUUUGAAGCAUAAAGCAAAUAGUUUACCAAUUCCAGUUGAACAGAUAAAGGAGGAAUUUGAUGAGGACGUUUUUCUAAGUCCAAGUAGUGUUUCAACUGAAAGUCCAGCGAGACAUUGUCGAAAGAGGCCGAGGCUCGAUAGUCAAGGAUUGAGUAGUUCACAUUCAUAUCCAUCGCGAUUAAGAAGAGCUUGUGAUCGACAUUGGGACAGUAGUUACACUCCGCCACCAAUUUUAAAUCCGUCAAGAUCCGGACCUGGAUUGUACGCUAGAUUACAUCAAUACGAGAGGGACUCGGAUUUUAGUUCCGACGAUUCACAAGGGAAUGAUGGUCCACCGCCUAGAAUUAAUAUUGGAACACGAUAUCAAGCGACGAUUCCAGCAUUUGGCUGUGAUGGCGAUAAAGGACGGGGCGUUCAAGAAGCCGAUCAUCUACUUUGGGAUCCUGGUAUAAAUGGAGUACUCACCGAAAAUGAAUUGGAGAUGUAUCUUCAGUUCGCGUGUUGUGCUGCUGUUCCAGGCGGUGGGAGAAACAAAGAAUAUGCCCUCCAUCUUCUACACAUGUGCAGAGGAAAUAUUCGCGAGGCGAUGCUGAAACUGAUGAGACCAACGUCAUCAUUACCAGCCGAUCAUCCUCUACUUAGUUACGUGUGUCACGAAUCUGACCGUUGGACACCCCAUGAAAUGGAUAUGUUUUAUCAAGGCCUGUUAAAGUACAACAAGGACUUCUCCGGAAUUUCACGGGAUAUUGGAAGUAAGUCCACGAAACAAUGCGUGCAAUUCUACUACCUCUGGAAAAGACUCUGUCCCGAUGAGUACAAAAGGCUACGGGCACGUCAUGGAAAACCAAAGAUCAAAAUUGAAAUUAAAGACAAAGACUUUAAAGACACCAAGGAGCUUCGCGAUGCAAUUGCUUCCGUCACCGAAAUGGAUUUCAGUGAAGAGAAAUCAAUUCUGCAUCGAACAUUGUUACAGACAAACGAAAGGGAAAGUUCAGCAACUUUAACAACAAGUGAUGGUGAAUUAAGGUUAUUCGCCUACGACUGUCCAGAGAGCUUUAGCGGAAGUGUAACAGUAAUGAUGCAGGCCGGAAGCACCCAAACCGCCAAAGUCGGCAAAACUUGCCACGCCACAGUCAACACCAACUCACAAACUCACACUAGUUCUGAGCAACAUCUACCCGUGCCCACCCCACUUCACUACCCCUGCAAGAUUUGCGGGAAAGUUUUCAACAAAGUGAAAAGCAGAAGUGCCCACAUGAAAUCACAUCGGCCGUUGCCCUGUCCAGAUUCAACGGCACAGGAAUCUAAGAGGCCAAAUCAAAAUCAUCAUAAUACAAGUCAAAAUUCACAAAAUACGCAGGGCUUGCAGCAGAAUUUGCAUCAGCAGACCCAGGGCAAUACCCUACCUCAAAACUUCAAUGGCUGCGAGAGCAGUAUUCAAAACUCGACUCAAUUAUGGCACAACCCCACGAGACUAAGGCCUCCAUAGUCCAAGACUUCAGGCCCAAUGGAACUAAUGUUACCUUUAAUACAGGCUGUUAUGAUAAGGUAGAAACGUCCACUGGACAAGAUUUUUUUAUAAAUCGCGACCGUGUUUCUGCUGCCCCCCCCAAAAAAAAAGGAAGAGACAAAACUUCCUCAAAAUAAAAGAAUAUAACCUAAAAUCUGUGCCAAUCCUUAAGGAAAGACAAGAAAAAAAUAAACUGCAAAAGCAAAACUAAAUAAUUUCAUAAGUAUUUAGAAAAAUCUAUAAGGUAGCGCAAAAUUCGAAGAGAUUCCUGUUUAGCGCGUAAACAGGGUAUGGCGUUCUGGUCAUUGAAAAAAAAAAAUUUACGUAGAAAAAUGAUUAAAAAAAAGAAAUUGAAGUGGGCGACUUCGAGGUCACCUUGAAGGCACAUCGAGUUUCAAAUGGCCUAAGGAACAAGAUCACACACACAAAAAUACACACAGAAGAAUAUAAAUUUAAAAAAUGCGACGAUUCUAGCAUGUUUCAAUUGUUCCGCAUGAUUAUUAUUAUUAUAUUGAGAAAAAAAAAUCGCGCAUAUCGUCUCUAAGUCCUCUUAUAGUAUGUGAGAUCAUCUAAGAAUGUGCCACAAGAUAAAUUACUCUGUUACCUGUUGCGUCUUUUUAUCGUUCUUUCGAUUUUUUUGUUUGUUUAUAUAUAUAUGUAUACACUUUUCAUAUUUUCUUUUCAAAACUUGCAGCGUAUAAUUAUUCCAUUAUCUGAGAAAAAAAGCCAAUCGGGUAUUUCAAAAAUCUUUCAAAGGAAAUAUUUUAUUUGAAAAUAACCUCAAAAUAUGCAUCAUGUGCUUGACAAUACUCUUUUCUUCCGAAAAUAAUUUAUUUGUUACUCCUAAACGAUCCUUUUGUGUCUUCCUAAAGUUUAUUGUUUUACUCUAACUAAAUGCAAACUUUGCAUUAUUUUUUUUUAUUCUUUGGAACAAAUUUUUGAACUAAUAAUACUUUGGAAAAAAAAACUUUUUCAAACUUUUGAUUCCCUAACCUAAAAAAAUACUUAUUUUUUCAACAUUAAUUAAAAAAGGAUUUAUAGACCUUUUCAUUUAAGGAAGGAAUCUGUACUGCGCAAGCGCGGAAUAUAUAUAGAACUUCCGACAAAGUUUCGAGCACUUUUUGUACAAAAUGCACAGUGCCAAUAGUGAAAAGUAAUUAAAAAAUAUUACUAAUAAAUGUAGAAAAAAAAAAAUUAGCGUGUAUUAAAAAUGAGCAGUAUCCCUGAGAAAAAUAAUCCACAAAGGAAAAAAAUUGAUGCACAAAAGAAAUGUUGUUUUGGGAAUUGCAAAAGUGAUACUCGUUGCAAGUCUUAUUUGACUGAAAAUUAUUACUUUAUUUCUUUCCGAAAACCUUUUAACAUUUAGAAAAUGAAAUAUUAGGAAUGAAAAUAUUCGAAGUAAUUGCAAAACUUGUCAAGUAUAUCGAAAAUGAGACCUUUGGGUAAGGUUAUGUUCAUAACAUAACAUAACCUUAUUUACAUGUAAACAAUAUAGACUUUUUUACCCUUUAAACACUGACUUCGGCUUUAUAACCAUAUUUUUAAUUGACAGACAGUAUUUUUCUCUACCUGUUCAAACAUUAAUUUUGCUUCUGGAAUAUCAUUUUCAUCGAGUUUUUUAUUUGAAUUGUUAUUAGCACAAUAUACAUUCUGACACAAAGUUGCUCGAAAAUUUUCAAAUCGCGCCGGCUGUCAUGGCGUAGCUUCAACUUCCGGUCUUAAAUGAAAAGGUCUAUUUGAAUAAAAUAAUCAAAUGUUUUAAAAAUCAAACUGAAUUAUCUUUCUAACCUACAAAUAUUUCUCGAAGUACUCACCUCGUGUUGUGCGUCUUGUUCACUUUCGUUGGGAAUUACUGGGAAUCACCGGGAAUAGUUCGUGUGAAGUAAAGCCCCAAGCACAAUAACUUCAUGAACAACGAAACUUAAGGCCUGAGCACAAUUGCUUCGCGUACGUAAAGCCUGAGUUCAAAAAAGAACAGAAAUAUAUUCGUUUCUUUUUCUAUCUCAUGCUUCACGUUCGCAAAACUAUUCUGCUUCGGCCUUAAUGCACAAGACAAAAGAAUAAAAAUAAAUUUGUGUCCUUUUUCAUCUCAUGCAAACUAUUGUGCCUAGAGCUCUAACAAAAAAAUGCACUCGAGUCAUCAAGCAUUAAAAAUUAAAACCAUCUAUACCUCCGAAUGGUUUUUUUUCCCCCGAUAAAACGAAUACUUAAAAAUUCGCCAAUAGUUUUGAUACUUGUUGCACGUUUAUGUGAAAAAAAUACGUUAUUUAGAUAUUUAGACAUAUAAUAGUUAGAAAAAGCGGCAAAAAUUUGUUGUGAUCGUCUGAAAAAAAAUUCUCUUUUUUUUUGUUAAAACUCUAAAUAACAAAUUUGAGAAUAUUUCACGAAUAUUAAAAAAAAACAAUGCACAAUGUUGCAUUAUAGAUAAAUGGAUGUAUUUUAAAAUUAUGUAUAUCUUUAGGCGGUGAUUUUUCUAAGAAACACGCGCAAAAAGAAAAUUAAUUUAAAAAAAAAUUCGUUGUUCAAGUUUUCACGGACGAAUCAAAAAAAGAAAAAAAAAAAAAAAUAAUGUCGAGAUGCGAGCUAGAUAAUUAUCUCAAUAUUAUUAUUAUUAUUAUUAUAUAUAAUCGGUUUAAGAAGAACUUAUUUCAAAAUCACUACGUGUACAUAAUACUGUGUACAUGCUUGUACAUAUAUUUGAAUGUCUAUACGUACAACUAAAAAGUGUAUUUUAAUGCUAAUUAGAUAGAAUAUAGAUUGUUGUAGAAGGGAUCUAUAUAUAUACAAACAUUUAUUAUAUAUUAAUAGGUAUAUAUAUAUAUUAUACACAUUGCUUGGUUUUUUCUACCUUACUCAAGGAGUCUACGUGGUGAGACUCUUGCAAAAACAAUAAAUAAAUUCGCUCUCUUCUAUAUUAUAAAAUACACAUAAAUAUAUUUUAUUAUUCAUAUCUUCUCACUUUUGUAAUUUUUAAAAGAAAUUUCUAGAUCUAUACUCAAUUUUUGCAAUCCUUUCAAGAUUAUAUUCGUUUCGAAGGUUAUAGAAUUUUUUUUUUCAAGUAUUUAGAAAAAUAUUACACUGAUGAUUUCUUUUCUCCUGUUUUUUAAAUGGAGGCAAACAGUUGAUUAUGGAUUGUAAAAGAAAUAUUGGGAGUUUGUCACAAAAUUUUUUUUUCGUUUUUUUAAAAAUAAAAAUAUGUAACAGUUUAUGUUUUUUAAAAAAUUCUUCUUCUUAUAUGACUUUAGGCUGUGCCAACUGUCAGAACUGUAUUUUUUUUUUUUUUUUUUUUUAAAUAAAAAAAAUUGCAUUUUGUCUUAAACAGAAUUUUGAGGUUAUGUUUUGUUAAAUCGAGUCAGGAAUCGAGUCAGGACAUAGUAAAGGCACUUUUACAAUAAACAUUGAAAAUCGAAAAUUAUAAAUCGACAACUCCCGAUAUAAUUUUCCAUCCUGUCAAUAAAUUGUCCAUUACCUUUUACUUUGCAAAUUGACAAUAUUUCUGUCGCUAUUUUUUAAAUACACUGAGAUAACAAUAUUUUUAUAAGAGUGUUACACCUACUGCAAAAAAAAAUUUAUAACCUCAAAACGUUUUAAAGAAAAAAAAAAGGUUGUGAUAUCUCAUGCAUAACUGUUGUGUAUUUAAAUUAUUUUAUUUUAAGAUAUAUAAGUUUUCCUCGUUUAUAAAUUUUCCAAUAAGUACAUUGUAAGGUAAAAAUAAUUUUUAAAUUUCAUGCGGCUCAAAAUAACAACUUAAGAAUGUAAAAUAUCAAAUGUUUCCUAUUAUUAAAAAAAAAGAAAAGAAAACUAAAUUGUUAUUCAAGAGAUUUACCAAUCGUAGACACUGCGUAAUUUUACCAUGAAAAAAAACUAUUGUUAUUCAUUGUUACUGCUCUCCUUUUUAUCGACUUUUGCCAUAUUGAAAAUAAAUCACGCUAUAUACAUUUUAACUUUCUAACUUUUUCUCGACUUAUUAAAAAAAAUAUAUAUAUAUAAAUAAAAUAAGCGGUGAGUGACGCGGGAAUGACGCUCAAAAAAAAAAAUGUUAAAUAUCACGCACACUAUUUUCUUUUUUUCUUUAAUACAAUAUGGUGACUUUUUUUUCUAUAAUUAAAAAAGAAUUUCGAAUAUGUCGAACGUCGAUGAUUUCUGCGAAUGUGCUAUUAUUAAGUUUAAUUAGAGGGAAAAAAAACCUUUUUUUGUAAAAAUUUCUCUUUGCGAAAAUUUAAGAUUAAGGGCAUGUUAAAGUUGUUCCCGUGCGGCUUCUUCUUUCACAUGGCCUUAAGAAAAUAAAGGUCCGGCCACAAUUUUUUUUUCAAAUAACGGGUCAAAAAAAAAGUGAAAUUAAAGUCUCCGUUAUGGAAAAUAAAUUUUCUUUUCCCGCCUAGAAGAGAGUUCCUUUAUUUCACUUUCUUAUGAGAGAGAGAGAGGGGGGGGAAGAAACUUUUUCGUACAUAAAAAAUUGACGUGAAAAUCGUAUACUAUAAACAGUCUCCAGCGCUAAAAAAAAUCUUAUAAAUAUAGUGUUCUCUAAUUAAAAAAAAUUACUAAUAUAAGAAAUCUACGAAGAAUUUCGAGUUUUUAUAUUUAUUAUACCUAGUUUGUUUCUAGAGAUUAAUAGGACUUGUUAUUAUACUAAUUCCAGAAAAGAAAAAAUUUCUCGGAAUAUAGAAAAUAUGCAAAACAAAAUUAGCAGACAUAUCAUUUAAGACAAUACACUUGUUAAGGAAACUAAGUUUCUACUUAAAAUAUAAUUAUUAUCAAAUAUAAACUCUAAUUCUUAAAAAAAAAAAAUGAGAAAAAAGAAAAUCUCAACAAUGUAGAUAAGUAAAAAAAAAGAAUCGCUUCCCAUCGAAUCCAGAAGUGCUUAAAAAAUUAACAUUCUUUGCUCCCUGUCAAUGACUGAACUUCUUGUCGAUUUUUCUUUUCUCUCUUCAUUUUUUCGUCAAGAAAUAUAUAUAUAUAUAUAUAUAUAUAUGUGUAUACAUUUCUUUAUGUAUAUAAGACAGGGAGCACUUCCGGUGCUCUCAAUUCUUCAUGAAAAAAAAAAUUGCAUUUUCUGGGUUAUGAGAGCGAUUACAUCGAGGCGCUGGAGGCUGUCAAGAAUUAUUGUAUAUGUGGAGAUGAGAAACAAGAAAAAAAAAAUCUUGUCAAAAGAUUUAUUAUAAAAACGAAGCAAUGAAAAAUCGUAAAACGAAGACACGCAUGAAUUGUACAAACAAGUCCCUCCACGUCACAAAAAGAAAAAAAAUUAAUAAUAUAUAUAUAUAUAUAUGGAGAAUAUAUAUACAUAUAAAUAUAUUUAACAAACUAAAAUAAAAAUACAAAAAAAAUGGUAAAUAUGUGAUGUAUUUAAAUGGUAUGUGGUAUAUGGUAUUUCGUAUUUGUACAUAGGCGGACCCGUGCCAUCAACUAGUGAGUUGUACCGAUUAUUUUCUUUUAAUUUUUAUUUCUAUGCUAAUUAUUUUAUUUAAUUCAUUUGUUUUGUUUGAAAAUUAUUGUUACUUGAAGCACUGCAAAAACUGCCGAUUAAAAUGCAAUUUUAAUUAUUAUCUUAAUUUUUAUAAAUCCAGGGAAAAAAGUGAAUAAUUUCUGUCCUAGGGAGUAAAACGGCUUCUUUUCACCCUAGGGAAUAAAAUGCCUCUUUUUCUCUCUAGUGUGUUAAAUGAGCUCUUGUCACUUCAGUGUCAACAUUUUUGCUCUGCGUUACUAUUAUUUAUUAUUAUUAUUAUUAUAAUUAUUACAAUUAUUAUUUAUUAUAA